AUGGGAGGGAGAGAAACAGAGAGGAGGAUAAUUAUUCCUUCGUCCUAUCUUAUGGCGACGGCGGCGGCCAAGAAGAGGUCGGGUGGCGACGGCGCCGAGGAGGAGAGGUGGACACGACGGUGCAGGGCCGAGGAGGCUCAGGUGACCGACGACGAGGUCGAGGAGUUCUUCGCCAUCCUCCAGCGGAUGCGGGAGGCCGCCAGAUUCUUCGUUGCGACGAGGGGUGGUGCUGCUGGUCGUGAGGGCGUCGGCGGCGAAGCCAAGGGGGAGAGGGUGACGCAGACGGCGCGGCGGUGGCAGCCGGCGUUCGAGAGGGAGGACUUCGAGGAGUCGGGCGCCGUCGAGAAUGCCGCACCGAGGGGGAUGGAUGCGGCGGUAUCGGAGGAGGAGGUUGAAGCGGUGGUGGAGAGCGGGAUCCCGAGGGAGUCGCUCGAUCUGAACGCCGUGCCGGUGACGGAGGAAUAA